AUGCCUACAUUGACCCCACGACCCUUUAGCAAUAAAACCUACAUUGCACCCACGACCCUUGAGCCAAUACCGUACAUUGCACCACAACCCUUGAGCAAUACCUACAUUGCACCACGACCUUUUAGCAAUACCUACAUUGCACCACAACCCUUGAGCAAUAUCUACAUUGCACCACGAUCCUUUAGCAAUACCUACAUUGCACCACGACCCUUGAGCAAUACCUACAUUGCACCACGACACUUGAGCAAUACCUACAUUGCACCACAACCCUUGAGCAAUACCUACAUUGCACCACGACCCUUUAGCAAUACCUACAUUGCACCACGACCUUUUAGCAAUACCUACAUUGCACCACAACCCUUGAGCAAUAUCUACAUUGCACCACGACCCUUUAACAAUACCUACAUUGCACCACGACCCUUUAGCAAUACCUACAUUGCACCACAACCCUUGAGCAAUACCUACAUUACACCACAACCCUUGAGCAAUACCUACAUUGCACCACGACCCUUUAGCAAUACCUACAUUGCACCACGACCUUUGAGCAAUACCUACAUUGCACCGCAACCCUUGAGCAAUACCUACAUUGCACCACAACCUUUUAGCAAUAACUACAUUGCACCACAACGCUUGAGCAAUACCUACAUUGACCCGCAACUCUUUGGCAAUGUCUACAUUGACCCACGACCCUUGAGCAAUGCCUACAUUGCACCACAACCUUUAGCAAUCAAAGCCUACAUUGACCCACACCUCUUUAGCAAUGCCUACAUUGCACCACAACCCUUUAGUAAUGCCUACAUUGCACCACGACCAUUGAGCGAUACCUACAUUGCACCACGACCCUUGAGCAAUGCCUACAUUGACCCACGACCCUUGAGCAAUACCUACAUUGCACCACGACCCUUGAGCAAUGCCUACAUUGACCCACGACCCUUGAGCAAUACCUACAUUGCACCACGACCAUUCAGCAAUGACUACAUUGCACCACAACCCUUGAGCAAUGCCUACAUUGCACCACGACCCUUGAGCAAUACCUAUAUUGCACCACGACCAUUCAACAAUGCCUACAUUGCACCAUGA